AUGACAGUCCAGAAGCCUUUCCGUUUGGCUCAUGGAACAACAACCCUGGGUUUCAUCUUCCAAGGUGGGGUAAUAGCAGCAGCAGACACACGUGCCAGUGCCGGGGGGCUUGUUGCCUGUCCGGCUGUUCAUAAGAUCACCCCUAUUCACUCUCAUCUAGUGGUCACAUCUUCUGGUAGUGGUGCAGAUUGCAUGCUGUGGGAGAGAAUUCUGAUUAGAGAGAUCAGACUGUACCAGUUACGGCAUGGACAUCGCCUUUCAAUACGUGCCACAGCUAAGCUCCUUUCAUCUAUGCUCCAUCCUUUUAAAGGUACUGAAAUGUGUGUUGCUCUUACACUGUGUGGUUGGGAUAAGCGCGGUCCAAAGCUUAUAUAUGUGUGCAGUGACGGAGCCCGACUGCAGGGAGAUGUCUUCUCUGUGGGCUCAGGCUCACCUUAUGCUUAUGGAGUCUUGGACAGAGAGCUGAGGUGGAGCCUGAGUAAAGGAGAAGCCAUCUCAUUAGCAAGAGAAGCAGUGUUCAGGGCCACUCACAGGGAUGCCUACUCGGGGAACAAUGUGGAUCUUUUCCACAUCACAACACAGGGGGCGCUGUUUGAUUUUGUUACCGUGACAGAAUAA